CCCGUGGCAUUCUCUCGAGCGCUCCCGGUUUUCUUCCGCGCACAUGUUGUUCUCUCAUUGCGGUUUAGUAUUUCGAGCCAAGUGGAACGUAAUUCUGGUUGUUCCUUUCUAUAUGCUUUUUUUUGUUUUUUUUUGAGAUUUAAUUUUACUUCUGCUAGUGCUCUUGAAGAAAUUAUCUAUUCAUUGAGUUUUUGAGUUGGUGGACCUCUUGUUGUUACUCUUUGUUGAAAAAGAAACUUCCAGCCUUCCUGUAAUACUUGGAGAAAAGAUGUCUGGAUACUUCAGAUUGCUUUAUGAAAGAAGCGUUAAGUCUAGUGAAGAAGACGCACUCGCUGCAAUUGUGCCAUUAUUGAAACUUCUGUGCCUAACAGUAAUUGGAUUAGUUCUUGCCCACCCAAAGACAAAGGUCAUCCCAAGAGCGACGUUUAAGCUGCUUAGCAAGCUUGUUUUUGCCCUGUUCUUGCCCUGCUUGAUUUUUACUGAACUUGGCCGAAGUAUCACGCUCGAGAAUCUGUCUCAGUGGUGGUUUAUCCCAAUAAAUGUCCUACUCAGCACGGGCAUCGGUUGUGUUCUUGGGUAUUUGGUGGUUAUUAUAUGUCAUCCACCCCCUCAGUUAAAUAGAUUGACUGUCAUCAUGACAGCAUUUGGUAAUACUGGAAAUCUCCCUCUUGCAAUUGUGGGGUCAGUUUGUCACACUGGAGACAACCCUUUUGGACAACAUUGUCACUCCAGUGGGGUGGCCUAUGUAUCACUUGCCCAAUGGGUUUCUGUGAUUCUUGCCUAUACCUUCGUUUAUCACAUGAUGGAACCUCCACUGGAUUGUUGUGAGAUUGUAGAUGAACGUAUUGAGAUGGAAGAAGAACAAGCUGAUAACGAUUUUAGCAGGCCUCUCCUUGUAGAAGCUGAAUGGCCAGGAAUUGAGGAUAAAGAAACAGAACAUUCUAAGACGCCUACCAUUGCUAGAAUUUUCAAUAGCAUUUCAAGUACAUCGCAGAGCACUUCUACUGAUAUCGAACUCUCAGGAGGCUGUAGUACUGACAGUCCCAAAUCCAUCAACUGCUUGGCUCAGCCCGAUGUAGUUAGGAGGAUGAAGAUUGUUGCUGAGCAAACUCCAAUACAACACAUCUUUCAACCCCCGACAAUUGCUUCUCUAGUUACCAUCAUUAUUGGGCUGAUUCCACGACUGAAAUCACUUUUCUUCGACUAUGAUGCCCCAUUAUCAUUUGUUAAAGACAGCCUAGAAAUUUUAGCCCGUGCAACAGUGCCUUCUGUGAUGCUUGUUCUUGGGGGUAUGCUUGCGGAGGGCCCAAACAUAUCAAAAUUGAGCCAUCAAACUACAAUCAGUAUAAUCAUAGCAAGGCUCUUGGUGCUUCCCCUGUUCGGAAUCGGGAUAGUCACCUUGGCUGAUAAGCUGAAUUUUCUUGUCUCUGGGGAUCCAAUGUUCAGGUUUGUGCUUCUGUUGCAAUACACUACCCCAAGUGCUAUUUUAUUGGGAGCAAUUGCCAGCUUGAGAGGAUAUGCAGUUAGGGAAGCUUCUGCACUUCUCUUCUGGCAACAUAUAUUUGCUCUCUUCUCCCUUUCUGUAUAUAUUAUUAUAUACUUCAAGAUAGUCGUAUAUGUUUGAUGAUUAAAUGAUUGAUGUCUUGCUGCUGAUGGCUGUUGAAAGCCUAAUGAUAUUGGGUUGCACCACUCCUUAUCAUGUGCUUUUGUUCAAACAAAGCAUCAUUGUUUGUUUGUUUUUCCUUUUCCUCCCUUGUUGUAUGUAUUAGCUUAGUGAAGAUUUGAAUAUUUAACUUUUAAAACAAAUUCAUUCAUAAUGGUGGACAACGACCUCCUUGAGUUUUACUCUA